AGCACUUAUCUUACAGUUCUUUGGCUACUUUACAUAGUUUUGAGUGAUACUGUACAUUUGGAUAUCAAAUGCGAAGUAGUUACAGGGGCAGUAUUAAUUUUAUCUUUGCUAAUAAUUUUCAAGAUCUUUAAAUGAUGAUGAUAACAUUUUUUAUCACAAUUAUAAUGGUGUUGUUACAACAUAUACAUUUUCCUACUAUUGAUUCUGAUUUAAAUCCUUUGGUUUUUGCCCCUUAAGCCAUCCUGUGUCCAGGGACUUAUUUCCUGAGUUUGCAAACUAUACCAAAAACGACAAAAUGUUUUUUGAUAAUAAAAAUAUUGUUAUGAUUUAACAGAGGGAGAUGACGGCAAAGACACCAGGGAGCAGUAUAGCUCUAUGUAUUUAUUAUAUAUAGUCGCUAUAUACAUUAUAUAUAUAAUAAUCAAAACAAUAAUAAUAUAAACUAAGGAAAUGGAGUGUGAACGAGAUCCAAAAGUGUAUGUAGUGCAUGGCUAUGUGUGUGAUUAGCUGUAGUGUGUGUUACCUAGUGUUGUGUUGGGCGAGAGGAGGGACAAGGCAGGAAGACAGUCCGUUGGGCAGGCAGAUGAUCCAGGGCGAGAGAGAGGCGUCGAGAGGUCCAUGUCCAAGCGGGAGGUCGAGAAUCCAAAAGGGCAGUCCGGGAAGCAAGGGGAACAGGGGAUCACAGGAGAACACGGGAACUGCUGCGGGAAGACAACAGGAACAUCAGACACAACGGAAACAAGGAAGUCACAGGGGGAGAGCGAGUUUGCGGGAUGGAAGCCAGACAUGGGGUGCUUACAAAGAGAUAAUGAAUGGUGUCAUCAAGAAGGCAAGAGAAAAAGGAAAAUGGAAAGUGCUUGUUGUGGACAAGCUGAGCAUGAGGAUGAUUUCCUCAUGUUGUAAGAUGACAGACAUCAUGUCCGAGGGAAUCACCAUUGUAGAAGACAUAAGCAAGUGCCGGGAACCUCUUCCAACAAUGGAGGCCAUCUAUCUGAUAAGACCCUCAAAUGAGUGUGUCGAGGGUCUGAUUGAUGACUUCAGAGAUCCCCGGUGUCCGAGGUAUAGAGCAGCACACGUCUUCUUCACUGACACAAUUCCAGAGUCCUUGUUUGGCCUCUUGACCAAAUCUCGAGCUUCGAAAGCCAUGAAGGCCUUGACAGAGAUCCAUGUCGCCUUUCUGCCCUACGAAUCUCAAGUUUUUUCCCUGGAUAAAGUGGAUGCCUUUCAGGACUUUUACAGCCCCUUCAAAGCUGAUGUAAAGAACAACAUGCUUGAGGGUUGUGCUGAACAGAUUGCCACUCUAUGCGCUACUCUUAAAGAAUAUCCUGGAAUUCGAUACAGAGGGGAGUACAAAGACUGUGUUGUUCUGGCCCAGAUGCUUCAAGACAAGCUGGAUAGCUACAAGGCUGUUGACCCCAGUAUGGGAGAGGGCCCAGAUAAGUGCCGUAGUCAACUAAUCAUCCUGGACCGAGGAUUUGAUCCAGUGUCACCUCUUCUACAUGAGCUCACGCUGCAGGCAAUGGCCUAUGACCUGCUUGACGUUGAGAAUGAUGUCUACAAGUUUGAGACCAGUGGAAUGGGGGAGACUAGGACAAAAGAGGUAUUGCUGGAUGAGGAUGAUGAUCUAUGGUUGACACUGAGACACAAACACAUUGCUGAAGUUUCAACGGCUGUAACUCGUUCUCUAAAAGAAUUUUCUGCCAGCAAAAAAAUGAACACUGGAGAAAAGACCACAAUGAAGGAAUUGUCACAGAUGCUGAAAAAAAUGCCUCAGUAUCAAAAAGAACUAAGCAAGUAUUCCACCCAUCUGCACCUGGCUGAGGAUUGUAUGAACCGCUACCAGGGGACUGUUGACAAGCUCUGUCGUGUAGAACAGGACCUGGCAAUGGCCACAGAUGCAGAGGGAGAGAAGAUUAAGGAUCCUAUGAGGCUUAUUGUCCCUAUCUUACUGGAUGCCAACGUCAGUAUCUCUGAUAAGAUACGCAUAAUACUGCUUUACAUCUUCCUCAAGAAUGGCGUGACUGAAGAAAACUUGUGCAAGUUGCUCCAGCAUGCCAACAUCCCACCUGAGGACAGUGACAUAAUUUCCAACAUGGCCCACAUGGGUGUGCCUAUUGUCUCUGAGGGCACUGCCAAGAAAACCAAAAAGCCUGACCGUAAAGAACGAGUCAGUGAGCAGACCUACCAACUCUCAAGAUGGACUCCGCUUGUCAAGGAUCUCAUUGAGGAUGCCAUUGAAGAUAAACUUGACAUCAAGCAAUACCCAUAUAUUUCCCAGAGACAAGCAGCAGCCAAAGCCAGUGCUCCAUCAAGCAGUGCUCGCUAUGGUAACUGGCACAAAAACCGAGGUCCCACAGAGGUGAAGACUGGGCCAAGGAUCAUUGUCUUCAUUAUUGGAGGCAUGACCUACAGUGAGAUGCGCUGUGUUUAUGAAGUCACCCAAGCAAAUGGCAAAUGGGAGGCCCUGAUUGGUUCCACCCACAUCCUUACCCCUCCCAAGUACAUGAAAGAACUACAGCACCCAGAUUUCCUUGAUCCCAAUGCAGCACCCGAGGGCACUGAGGAGCCGUCAGCUGAGUGAUGUUUUAAAGAAGGGAGACGCAAUCUAGAAUACUCAAGGGUAAAUGAUUACUUGUGUUACGCAUGUGUGGAUUGUCCUGUCUAAUUAUGUUUAAACUGAGGUACGUGCCGAACCACGAUUUAGGCGUACGGAUACAUAGUAAUUUGGAACUUUUUUUUUAUCUGAGCGUGAAAUAGAACGUUUGAAAUAUUAAGCAAUAUUUUGGGGGGAUUAAAGUUCCCGAGCAAAAAUAAAUACAGGCAUGCAAUAAAAUACAAUAACAUACAUUUAAAAACUAAAUAAAUAAAUAAUGCCAAUAAAAUUAUACAAUGACAGAAAAACAUAAAUUUUGCUUGCAGCUGUAGUGCGGCUUACUUGGAAAACCUUUUAAAGGUUUUUGUAGUGUUGUUUAUAGUCUCUGUAUUAUCUUCUAGAAUCUUCUAAAAUUAUCAAAUGUUUCCAUAUCCUAAAAACAUUGGGUGACGUGAGGACGGAAGAAAACACAGAAACACAAAGAACAACUAGCAAUUUUUGACAAAUACUUCAAAUAUACCAAUAAAAUAAACUAUACUAGGGGUUGUACAGACUAGUCGACUUUUAGAGGCAUUUUUGUUGUUGUUUUGACGCGUACUAGUUACUGAUCACGUAAUUGUGGCAGUGCACGGUAUUUUUUUUUUCACUGAUGUGGGAGACGUAGCCAUCCAUGGAUUUCUUGCAGCGCAUUUGCAAUUCGUUGUGGCUGUGACACAAGUUGGCUGCGCUGACUGCACACGACUGUGUGUCAGGUACAACGAGCAAGCAGAAACUUAGGCCUCUUAACGUCGACUAGUAGUCUGUAAAACCCCUACUAUAGUACGGUAUAGUAUAUUGGAAGUAUUUGUCGGGGAUGAAAAGGGAAAGAAGGAAAUUGUGUUUCUGCAGGGCACACACACAGUUACUCGGUGGAGUAUAGGGUAAAGAGUAAAGUUAAUGCUGUUAAUUUAAUGUUAAUGUAAUGCUGAUUUAAAGGGGAACUGCACUUUUUGGUAAUUUUGCCAUUCACAAUCCUUAUGUAAGACAAGCACGCAUAUGUUUUUCUGUUUUGUAUGCAUUCUAACUAGUAAAUAAAUGUGAUCAGAAGUCCGCUUACAAUGGAGCCUAUGGGAGUCGCUCUAUUCUGCCUUUGAAGCGCUUAAAAAAUAUCCACCCACUUCCAUCAAGGUUUUAUGCACACACUAAGUAUAUAUGUAAUGAAGUGCGUGGCGAAGUUGGUAGAGUGGCCGUGCCAGCAAUCGGAGGGUUGCUGGUUACUGGGGUUCAAUCCCCACCUUCUACCAUCCUAGUCACGUCCGUUGUGUCCUUGGGCAAGACACUUCACCCUUGCUCCUGAUGGCUGCUGGUUAGCGCCUUGCAUGGCAGCUCCCGCCAUCAGUGUGUGAAUGUGUGUGUGAAUGGGUGAAUGUGGAAAUACUGUCAAAGCGUUUUGAGUACCUUGAAGGUAGAAAAGCGCUAUACAAGUAUAACCCAUUUAUCAUUUAUAAUGAAGUAACAGGCACAUUCAUAAUAACAUGUAAUAUUUACGUAUUUUGCUCAUUUUAGGCAUAUGGCGGCGCAUUCAUUUAAUAAUCGCAUCACAACGUUUGCGUUUUCCUAUGACAACGUCACUGACACAUCAUGAGAGCCAACAAACAUAAUAAAACAUCACUUAUUUUGUCUGCUCUUAGUGGGAUGCCGACUGUUAGGAUGUUGAUAUAUAUGCGUUUAGAUGACAAACGGGAUCAAACCAAGCAUCUUUUCGGAUCUUUUUCUGGUCUAAAUUGGCUGUCAAAGGUGACCAAUUUCUCAGAGUAUGUCCUCCUCUCACUAUACAGGUGAGGCAUGAUUUAUAAUAUUGAAUAAACUUUCACAAGUUCCGAGGCGAGGAAGCAGCUCACCAGCUGAUGACGUCAAUAUAGCAGCAUAAGGAAGCUCCCUCUCUCUGUGACAAUGCGCCGCUAAAAAAAUAGGUCCUGAACGUUUGCACUUACAAAAACAGUAUUGCUAAUACUUGGUUAAUAUUCAGGUCAGGAAAUGUAAAUGGAGUAUUGUUGGUGGUUUUGGAUAAUUAUUUAGAGGGCUUUAUGGCCUCAAUGGCUUACAUUGACUCAAUGUAAGCAAACUUUUAUUAACGAGUUAGAAUGCAUUAAAAACAAAACAAAGGUUGUGAAAUUAUAGGCAAAAUUUAAGAAAAAAAAAGUGCAGUUCCAUCCAUUCCUGCUGUCGUGUAUGAUUCCUCUGUGUGACUUGAUGUUGUCAGUUGCAAAACAUUCCGUACUCAUCAGGAACGAGUCAACAUUGAAAAAAUCUACUUAAGUUGUGAACCCCCUAUACUAUACUAUAAUAUACUAUACUCUACUAUACUAUAAUAUAAUAUACUAUACUAUACUAUACUAUACUAUACAUAAAGCACUUGCUAGCUUAUUUCUGUGUCACCUACUGUAAAUUAACCUGUAAGUAUUAGGCUAUUGCGCAACAUUGGCUUUGUUUGGACUGUUAGCUUUUCUGUGCUCUGUGUUUAUUUCAAUACUGUUUCUGACAUUACUUUAGAUUUAGGAAUUACGCAUGUGUAUCAUAGAUGACUAUCUAUCCAACUUCGUAUGUUUUAUGUUAUAAGAAGUGAACUUGAAUCACAUAAAUCUAAUUUUAAUAAACAUCAAUUAAAAUCUUGUUUGGGUAAAAUUGGCUGAUUACACCCUGGAAUGGCUGGCUGGCAGUCAGACACAGAGACACACACAACCAUUCCCAUGUAUGCUGCAUGCAUAGACUCACAUUUGAAUCGCAUCAAUGACAUUGUUAAUGCUUGUGCAGAAUUCAACCUUAGUUCCCAUGGGUUUCUUUUAAUUUUUGUUGUGCAUUAUAUAUUCUAUAAAAGUAUCUUGUCUUUGAAACUUUUUGAAGCAGACAGAUAUGAUGCUGAAAGAUAUAUUGUAUUGGUAAUUUUGGAAGAGAGUCCAGCCCCUCUCGAGAGAACAGGUUCCAGAGCCCUUGCUGUGCGUCGAAGUGAGUCCAACUACCGUAUUUCCUUGAAUUAGCGCCGGGGUGGUAAUUAAUUUAAAACCUCUUCUCACUCCGGCGCCUACCAAAGGCAUGAGGUGAAUGUAAGCAUGCGCUAAUUAUUUUGAAACCUCUUCUCACUCCGGCGCUUACCAAAGGCAUGCGGUAAAUUUAGCCCUGUGCUUAUAAAUUUGAGUGUGAUGUAAGGAUACCAUCAUGAAAAGCACAUUUAAUUUAAAAAGAAACUUUAUUAUGGUCUUACCUUUACUUAUAGAUGAAGUCCAUGCGCAGCUCCUUCUAUACAAAAGCAUCGAUAACUUGUUUAUAGAAGUCUUCCUUAUCUUUCUUCAGUUUUAAAAGUCUCUCUGUCUCGAUGGAGAUCUUCCUUUAUUACCUCCUGCUUCGAUUGAAAGUCCAGUUUAGAAAACUGUUUUAUUUUAGAUAUGUAAUCCUCCAUGUUAAAAGUGCAAGCGAGAGGAAAAAAUAAACGAUCGCUGCUAAUUGUUGCUGCUUGUUGUCACUUCUUCUGCAGCCGAGUAGUCGCAAGAAGGAUCACUGGGGCCUUUUACCACCAGGAGGCGGGAGUCAUUUAAUGACUCAUAUUUGACACACGUAGCUACAGUAUAUUAAUAAAACAUAGCUGCUUACUGUUCUUUUUAGCAUAUUCAAUAGCUUGGACCUUAAAUCCUACUGAAUAGCUCUUUAUCUUCUUCCCUUUAUGCAAUUUUAAAUGAUUGAAAUCAGCCUCCUCCAUUCACUCGUGACGUGACGAGUUUGACCCGGCGGAAAUUCUAGGCAUAUGCUAAUUAUUUUGCGAAAUGAGUUUGACCCGGCUGUAAUUCUAGACAUGCGCUAAUAAAAAUAAUAUUUUGCGAAACGAGUUUGUCAGCAAUUCUGAGCCGGCGGUAAUGCUAAGCAUGCGCUAAUUAUUUUACGAAACGAGUUUGACCCUGCAGUAAUUCUAGGCAGGCGCAUACUAUAUACCUGGCGGCAAUUCAAGGAAAUACGGUAUAUCUAGUCCAAGUCUGAGUCCGUGGUUCUCGCCCGGGAAAGGGUGGAGUGCCAUCUCCAGGUUGGGGAGGAGAUCUUGCCUCAAGUACUUAGGAGUCUUGUCCACGAGUGAGGGAAGAGUGGAUCGUGAGAUCGGGUGGCGGGUCUCUCCCUUAGAGAUAGAGUGAGAGGCUCUGCCAUCCGGGGGGAGCUCAAAGUAAAGCCGCUGCUCCUCCACAUCGAGAGGAGCCAGAUGAGGUGGUUCGGGCAUCUGUUCAGGAUGCCACCUGAACGCCUCCCUAGGAGGCCACGGGGAAGACCCAGGACACGUUGGGAAGACGUCGACACUCACUUCGACGCACAGCAAGGGCUCUGGAACCAGUUCUCUCAAGAGGAGCUGGACUCUCUUCCUACCUCUGGAUUGGCAGACCGGGGUGGUGGUUCCUCUCUUUAAGAAGGGGAACCGGAGGGUGUGUUCUAACUAUCGUGGGAUCACACUCCUCAGCCUUCCCGGUAAGGUCUAUUCAGGUGUACUGGAGAGGAGGCUACGCCGGAUAGUCGAACCUCGGAUUCAGGAGGAACAGUGUGGUUUUCGUCCCGGUCGUGGAACUGUGGACCCGCUCUAUACUCUUGGCAGGGUCCUUGACGGUGCAUGGGAGUUUGCCCAACCAAUCUACAUGUGUUUUGUGGACUUGGAGAAGGCAUUCGACCGUGUCCCUCGGGAAGUCCUGUGGGGAGUGCUCAGAGAGUAUGGGGUAUCGGACUGUCUGAUUGUGGCAGUCCACUCCCUGUAUGAUCAGUGCCAGAGCUUGGUCCGCAUUGCCGGCAGUAAGUCGGACACGUUUCCAGUGAGGGUUGGUCUCCGCCAAGGCUGCCCUUUGUCACCGAUUCUGUUCAUAACUUUUAUGGACAGAAUUUCUAGGCGCAGUCAAGGCUUUGAGGGGAUCUGGUUUGGUGGCUGCAGGAUUAGGUCUCUGCUUUUUGCAGAUGAUGUGGUCCUGAUGGCUUCAUCUGGCCAGGAUCUUCAGCUCUCACUGGAUCGGUUCGCAGGUGAGUGUGAAGCGACUGGGAUGAGAAUCAGCACCUCCAAGUCUGAGUCCAUGGUUCUCGCCCGGAAAAGGGUGGAGUGCCAUCUCCGGGUUGGGGAGGAGAUCUUGCCCCAAGUGGAGGAGUUCAAGUACCUCGGAGUCUUGUUCACGAGUGAGGGAAGAGUGGAUCGUGAGAUCGACAGGCGAAUCGGUGCGGCGUCUUCAGUAAUGCGGACGCUGUAUCGAUCCGUUGUGGUGAAGGAGCUGAGCCGGAAGGCAAAGCUCUCAAUUUACCGGUCGAUCUACGUUCCCAUCCUCACCUAUGGUCAUGAGCUUUGGGUUAUGACCGAAAGGACAAGAUCACGGGUACAAGCGGCCAAAAUGAGUUUCCUCCGCCGGGUGGCGGGUCUCUCCCUUAGAGAUAGAGUGAGAGGCUCUGCCUUACUCAAAGUAAAGCCGCUGCUCCUCCACAUCGAGAGGAGCCAGAUGAGGUGGUUCGGGCAUCUGCUCAGGAUGCCACCCGAACGCCUCCCUAGGAGGCCACGGGGAAGACCCAGGACACGUUGGGAAGACUAUGUCCCCCGGCUGGCCUGGGAACGCCUCGGGAUCCCCCAGGAGGAGCUGGACGAAGUGGCUGGGGAGAGGGAAGUCUGAGCUUCCCUGCUUAGUCUGCUGACCCCGCGACCCGACCUCGGAUAAGCCGAAGAAAAUGGAUGGAUGGAUGGAUGGUGAUUUUGUAAAUGUACAGAAUAAAUAAUAUUUUUCAAAGUUUCCAUAUUUGUAGUCCAUGACAACUAAAUUACAAGUGGUCAUUUUAUUGGGCUUGUUGUUGUAAGUGAACAUCUUUUAACAGUUGAGAGCAAAUAAAUGUUAAAUAACAAAACACAUUGAUAUCAUUUAUAUUUCCAGAUUGAAGACAAAUUAAAAAUGAUUAUAAUAAUAACUUAUGUGAUUCAAAUUCUGUGUUGGGCACAUUUGAGUGCACAUUUUCUUUUAAUUUUUGUGUAGGCUUUGUUUUCGUCUUAUAGUGUCCUCCUUUAUUUCUCAGUGAUGCAUUUAUCCUUGGCAUAAGUAAUCAUGUCGCUCGUCUGAUUAAAAUGUCAGUGCUUAUGUGUGCAUUAAUAAAAGUAAGUGUUUUUGAAUGUGAACUGAUUCAUUAAACUGUAAAACAAAAA